AUGCCUCGUGAGCCGCUUAUCGCUAUUGUUGGGAAACCUUCGAGUGGAAAAUCAACAACAUUGAACAGUCUAACUGAUGCCGGUGCAAAAGUAGGAGCCUUUCCCUUCACCACAAUCGAACCAAAUAAAGCAACCGGUUACCUUCAGCUUCCUUGUGCCUGUUCUCGCUUCGGGAAAGAAGAUCUAUGUAAACCAAACUACGGGGCCUGCAAAAAAGGGACUCGUUUUGUGCCAAUCAUGUUGUUGGAUGUUGCAGGUUUGGUUCCAGGAGCUCACGAAGGGCGUGGUUUGGGAAACAAGUUUUUAUUUGAUUUGUCUACCGCAGAUGCUUUGAUUCAUGUUGUGGAUGUCAGUGGUACCACUGACUCUAAUGGUAAAGCCACUAGAGGCUAUGAUCCUCUAAAUGAUAUUGACUGGUUACAAGAAGAAAUUCGUCAAUGGGUUCAAGGCAAUUUGACCAAGAAUUGGGGCUCGGUGGUCAGAAGACAUACUUCUACAAAAUCCAUGGCAGUGGAAACUUUGCAACGACAAUUUUCGGGUUAUGGUGCAAACAUGAAUAUGGUGCAACUUGCCAUAAAUCAGUACUAUAAGGAUUAUCAAUGUACUAACUUGCCUCCUCUUGAAACAUGGGAUAAUGAAAUGAUUACCAAGAUUGUGAAAAGUUUCCUUAAAAUCAAAUUCCCAACGGUUCUAGCCCUCAACAAAAUUGAUCAUCCUGAUGCUGACAAAAACAUUUCCAAGAUUGUUCUCAAGUAUCCAAACGAUAAGAUCAUUCUUUCUUCUGCUAUCACAGAAGUGUUCCUUCGAAAGUUGGCCAAACAAGGAUAUGUACAAUACGAAGAAGGUACGGAAUUCGUGGAUACCCAUGAAGAUAUUGACACUCUCAAAGUAAUGGAUGAGAAACUCUCUCAAAGAGUGGAAAAAAUCAGGGACUUGGUAUUGUACAGAUUUGGAUCUACUGGUGUGGUCCAGGUGCUUCAAGCGGCGGUGGAUAUUCUUGAUUUGGUACCGGUAUACCCUGUAAGAAAUAUGAACACUUUCACUGGCUCUUCCGGGAACAAUGUAUUCAGAGAUUGUGUAAUGGUCAAAAGAGGCACACAGGUAGGGGCGGUAGCGAGACUGAUCAUGGGAGAUGUUACAAUUGUUGCCAUUGAAGGAGUGGGGGGCAUCAAAAUCAGUGAAGAAGAUGUAGUUGACAAAGGAAAGAAUGAUAUCCUAUCGUUUAAAUUGGUGAGUAACAAUUAA